UACAUGUAAACGGAGACAACAACCCUGACUGACAAAAACUGACUGCCACACCACCCACCCUCGAAGGGAAGGAAACACUACGGCACAAGGAUAUUUUCCUAUUGGAAAACAUCGUAAACACCCCCGGGGCAGCUAGACCAAUCCAAAUGCCGCAAACUGUUGCCAAUCCAAAAUGGCUUCCUCCUCGCAGAUGUUGCUGGUGAAAAAUCCAAUAAGCAGAGCAGAGCAGAGACCCGGACGCGGACCCGGACCCGGGCCGAGCUGAUUUCAGAGGCAGAAAGGACAAUCAGAAGUUAUUGCAACACAGUCUUCCAAGCAGAACAGACCCAAGGUCUUCCAAUUACAGCAGAUAUCAAAUCGCACAGCCAUGCAGCACCCCCACCCCAGCGACCAGCCCACUUACAUGCCGGACGUGCCGUUCCAGCCCCUAUGGGGCCAGGAGGCGCCACCACCUCCGCCCAUAGUGCCCUACCAAGAGCUCAUCGCUGGCUUCCCAUGCACCGAUUUGUCACUCUGGCAACGCUCUCAGGUAGCCCCCCUGGUUCCCCAACGUCCCAGCACACAUGGCCGGUCCAACGGAUCCUCCAGCUCCUCCUCCAAGAAGACCCGUCGCCGGGUGGCCUCCAUGGCCCAGAGACGAGCCGCCAAUAUUCGCGAGCGCCGUCGCAUGUUCAACCUGAACGAGGCCUUCGACAAGCUCCGUCGCAAGGUGCCCACCUUCGCCUAUGAAAAGCGUCUCUCCCGCAUAGAGACGCUGCGCCUGGCCAUCACCUACAUCGGAUUCAUGGCCGAGCUGCUCAGUGGCACGCCCUCGAACUCCCACUCACACUCCCACUCCCACUCGAAGUCCCGUUCUGAUGUCUAUCCCGGCAUGAACGGACACCACCAGGCAGCCCCACCUUCGAUGCACCCCCCCCAUCACCUGCACCCAGCGGCGGCAUAUCAUCGAGACUUUGCCUCUCCCUACAGCCACAGCCUGACAUAGGACUCGCAUUGUGGAUCACCGCGGACUAGAAAAUGUUAAGCUUUUGCUUUUGAAAAGAAUACAAGAUGAUUAAGUGCACAUCCACAAUCCUUUUUGUGAGUGAUAACAAAUAAAAUUAGA